GGACCUUGCAGUCGCCAGCAGCAGCUGCAGCAAGCAAGCAGAACCAAGCCGAGCCAAGCACCGCUGCAACCCUGGCAGGGCGAGACCACGGAUCUGCCAGGCAGGCAGGAGCCAGAGGAGGAGGAGGUGGCUGGGCCGAGGCCGAAUCCGACCCGCCGGGCCUCAUGGAAGCGAUGGAUCGGAAGAGGUGGGAGUGCACAGCUCUCCCGCAGGGAUGGAAAAGGGAAGAAGUGACCAGGAAAUCGGGGCUCUCCGCUGGCAAGAGUGAUGUCUAUUAUUAUAGCCCAAGCGGGAAGAAAUUCCGGAGCAAGCCGCAGCUGGCCCGUUAUCUCGGCAACUCCAUGGACCUGAGCACCUUCGACUUCCGGACGGGAAAGAUGCUGAUGAGCAAAGUGAACAAGAACAGGCAGAGGAUGCGCUAUGACUGCUCCAGCCAGGCCAAGGGCAAACCCGACCUGAACACGGCGCUCCCCGUCCGGCAGACGGCGUCGAUUUUCAAGCAACCCGUCACCAAAAUUACAAACCACCCAAACAAUAAAGUCAAGACGGACCCCCAAAAGGCAGUCGACCAACCCCGCCAGCUCUUCUGGGAGAAGAAGCUCAGUGGCCUGAACGCCUUUGAUAUCGCAGAGGAGCUGGUGAAAACCAUGGACCUCCCAAAAGGUUUGCAAGGCGUGGGGCCUGGCUGCACCGACGAGACCCUCCUCUCCGCCAUCGCCAGCGCCCUCCACACCAGCACGAUGCCCAUCACUGGGCAGCUCUCGGCCGCCGUGGAGAAGAACCCCGGGGUCUGGCUCAACACCUCCCAGCCCCUCUGCAAAGCCUUCAUGGUGACCGACGAGGACAUCAGGAAACAGGAAGAACUCGUACAACAAGUGCGAAAGAGGCUGGAAGAAGCUCUGAUGGCAGACAUGCUGGCUCACGUAGAGGAGAUUGCGCGGGACGGCGAGGUGCCCGAGGAGAAGGCCCUGGGGGACGAAGACGGGGAGGAGGAGGAGGAGGAGGAAGAGGACGUGGAUCGCGGGCCAGAGGUGGAGAGCGUAUAGUCCAGGGAGUCCCCCUUGAGAAUCCUAGCCUUUCCUCGCCCCGCGAAGAGGCGAGCUUCCGCCGGACAGCGUCGCAUGUCGUCUCCGCAGCCGUCUGGAGAUGCCUUCAGCCUCCGGCCGUCUUCAGCCUUUAUUUGCCGGAUACUUGAGAAUCCAGUGGCUCAGUAGAUCCUGGGUAGCUUGAAGAUGGACUUUACUAAAACCCGUACUCUUUCUCUCUCUCCUCUCUCUCAACCCCCUGUACCCCAAUUGUAAUUUCCUCAAGUGUUAACAGGGAAGGAACGCAGAGAAACUGCAAACGUUAACUGCUCCGUCUUUCAUUUCCAGGGCGCAAGGAUGCAAUUUGAGCCUCUUCCCUGGUUGUUGGUUUUCUAUUAUUAGGUAGCACACACGUACCCAAACUUAACGUCCUCUUUCGGCUUAAGGUAGAGGCGCCAUUUUUAAAUGGGGACCACCUGUCCCGUACUUGGUUUGGUUGCUCCAGUUGUAGAUAAU